AUGCAAAUAAAUGUGGACGGAAGAAAGAACGCUCAUGAUUUAAUGAUGGCCACAGCGAGUCAGCAGGGAGUCGACGUGCUGAUAAUCAGCGAACCACAUCGCAGCGGGCAAGACUACGACGGAUGGUACAGCGAUGCGGGCAACAAAGCAGCUAUCAUGGCAUUCAAUCCGAGAAUACAGGUUCAGGAAAUUGGCCCAAAAGACAACCUAGGCUUCCGGUGGGUUAGGAUUGAGAAUACUACGAUCUAUGCCUGCUAUUGGUCCCCCAACACGGACUACACGCUGUUUGUCGACUUCCUUGACAGAUUAGAAGGCAGUAUAAGAAACAAGAAGGGCAUGGUGAUAGUUGCCGGAGACUUUAAUGCUAAAUCACCAGCAUGGGGGGAUCACAGAGAGGACCAUAAAGGAAAAACAUUGUUGGACAUGACGGCCAGUCUCGGAAUGGCCGUAUGCAACUCCGGCGACAAACCUACCUUUACAAGGGUGUACGAAGGUGGCAUAUCAAGGUCACACAUCGAUAUCACAUUCGUAUCGGAAACGGAGAGCCGAGUAGUGAAAGACUGGAAAGUUUCGGACGAGUACACGGGAUCGCUACACAGUUACAUAUAUUUUAACAUUUCACGGACGUUGCAUGCAGAUCGCGUUCAAGUAGAGGAAAGGUGGUCAUGGAGGAAGCUUGACAAGUCCAAACUACUGAGCUUCAUUGAGCGGACUCACUUUGAACCAGGAACAGAAGCGCUAUCUACUACAGAAUCCCUAAACCGGUAUUUAAAGGACGCAUGUGACAGCUGCAUGCCGAAAGGAAAUUACCGUGGGGGGAAAAAGCCAGCGUACUGGUGGACCCAGGAAAUAUCUGACCUGCGUGACGAGUGCAAGAGGGCCAGGCGUAAGUACAAGAGAGGGCGCCAUCGGCCAACGGAAUUGCAGGAGCAGGCACGCGAUAACUUUAAACAGACGAAAAAGGACCUGAAGAGAGCUAUCAAGCGAAGCAAAGAGAAUUGCUGGAGAGACCUCUGCGACCAAGUGGAGACGGAUCCCUGGGGCCUACCGUACAAACUGGUGACCAAGAAGCUUGUGGGCAGGAGACCGAUACCAGGACUCACGCUGCCGGGCCAUGGUCGGGCCAUCACGCAUUCCCAGAAGUCACGUGUGAUGAGAUCAUAG